AUGGCAACAAAAUCUAUCACUGAAAUAGAAGCUUAUUGGGAUGACUUCUCUUCUUAAUACAUUAAUAUGGAUAAUGGAAGUAGUCUCUUUUAUUUAUCUUUAAUUAAUAUGCUUAAAAUUCAAGAUCGUAAAUCAAUACUCGAAGUUGGAGCUGGUGCUGGAUUCUUAUUUAAUCACACAAUGAAUUUCAAAAAGCAUGGUGCAUAAUAUAUUGCGACAGACUUGUCUGAAAAAAUGCUUCAAUAUAUUCUGAGGAGGUUAUAAAUAGAAGAACCUUUUAAGGAUGGUAUGCUGAUAGACAAGUAUAAUUUAAGAAUACAAAAGGCUAAUGGAGAAGAAUUGCCUUUUGAAGAUAAUACUUUUGAUUGUUACAUAGCUAAUUUGUGCUUGUAAAUCACCACUGAUCCUGUAAAGAUGCUUAAAGAAUCUCAUAGAGUUCUCUAAAAAGGUGGAGUUGCUGGUUUCAGUGUAUGGGGAGAUAAAGAAAAAUCUUAGUUAUUCACAAUAAUCCCCUAAACUUUAACUGAAAAUGGAUGUACUUAUCCUCAAAUAAGAAGUAAUUUCCAUCUUAAUGACAGAGAAAAACUAAUCAAAAUGGUCGAAGAUGCAGGAUUCACCUAAGUUAUUUGUUGGAAUUAAUUCUCUCCUUAUCAUUAAACUGAAUAAGGAAUGAUGGACUUCUUAAACUCUCCUAGUAAUAUUACUGUACUUUAACAAGCUGGAGAAAAGGCUGAAGAAAUAAAAAGUAAAUUAUAACAAAAGAUAAAAAGUUAUCUUGAAUAAAAUAAGCUUCCUUUUGGAUUAGAUGGAUUAUUAAUAAUAGGUGUUAAAAAUUGA